UGAACAUGAAAUAGUUUGCAACGAUCUAUACGCCAAAAUGUGGUCUCCUGUGGUUUUUCUAUAUUUAUUUGUGACUCCGUACGCACUAGGAAAUGAUUUGUCGUCUCGAAUUCUGUUUGGCAAGAGAGCAGAUAUAAAAGAUUUUCCGUACUUUGCUGCCCUGCGGGACUGUGGCGCCGCCAUCAUUUCGGAUUCCUGGAUUGUCACAACGGCGCAUUGCGUUGCUUUUGAUGACCAUAAAUUUGGCUCAGUGUGGGUAGGGGGAAACAAUGCUAAAACCAGCCAACAAGUCAAAUACGACACAGUCAUAAUCCACCCUGACUUUAAAAUUGGCGACCAAUUUCUGAGCAACGAUAUUGCUCUCCUGAGGCUAGCUGAACCCUUGACUUUUAGCGAUACAGUUCAAUCAGUUGAAUUACCGCGUGAUGAUAACAAAGGAUAUUAUGAUGAUUAUUAUGUAGGAGUUACACAUACCGUCGCUGGGAAAGGAAUGCGUGAGGGAAACUUGUUGAAAAUAGAUGUCAAGCCAAUAAGCACGGAAGCGUGCAUGAGUCACUUACCUCUCGCAGCACGGAUACUCAUGUAUCAGUAUAGGUACAGACUUCAUGAAUACAUCUGUGCUGUACGGGACACCCACUAUGAUUAUGAUCACAGCAUGCCAGGCUUAAGUCAGGGUGCCUCCGGCAGUCCUCUUGUGCACAAUGGCGAGCUUGUAGGCCUGGCAGUUGCGGGCAACGAUCCUUGGAAAUCAAACCACUUCACAUUUAUCAAAAUCACAACACAUUCGGAAUGGAUCCGAUUUAUCACUGGAAUCAGAUCAGAUCGUUCGGAAUAUACAACUACUGAGGUACCUUAUGACUCAUAAGUUAUGAGGGGAGGG